AUGAGAGAAGUUGGGUCUCAUAAGAAUGGGAAAACAAUCAACAACAAAUGGGUUGUACCUUAUAAUGAAACUCUUUUAAGAGCAUUCAAAUGCCACUGCAACGUUGAAAUCGUUGCCUCAGUGAAGUCAGUUAAAUAUGCCACCAGUUUUUUUUUUUGUUCUUGUUACUGUUGCCAGGAAGAAAUUCACAGUGAUGCCAUAGAACGUGUGAAUUUGGACUCCAAGACGGCUUACAAAAGGUUCAAAGGGACAGUGCUUGAUGCUUCCAAUGCUGAUUUUUCAGGAAGAAUCCAGAAGCAACGAAACACUGGUUACGAUAUCAUUAAGAAUGAAUAUGAAAUGCUGGAAGAAGGUUCCGAGGGUAAAGAAACUCCUCAGCAGAAGUACCAAAGACUUCAGUAUGAGAUGAGGGAACUAACUGAAGAAGUGACUAAAGUGAAGGAAUCGGCAAAGACCGAUACCAACGAGAACUUCUCCCCCAUCAACCUCGGCAAACAACUGGAAUAUCUCCAUCAUCAGUUGGCUGAUUUGCAUCUGGAGAAAUUGCUGGGACCGGAGGCUUCGGUGGAUCUUUCUGACCCUCAAGGGGCUUUGAGAAAGCGUUUACUUACACAGCUGGAAGCUUACUCCCCUGCUUCCAAACCUGCCACUGCAACUCCAAGUAAAGGUUCAAAAACUUCGGAUAAAGCAAGCGAAGGCAAAGCAUCAGAUCAUGUGACUUAUGAACUCUACUAUAGACCAGAACAAGCUCAGUUUAGUAAGAAUGCCAAGUUUCAUUUCUUUCAGUCUGCUUUAACAGCUGAAGUUAGCAACAAAAGUCUUUUGGCUGCAGUCUCUAACAUCAACUCAAAGUUAUCUCUUUUGGAUCCGGCUCAAAUUGACCAGGUGGAAGCUCGUUUGCAGAAUGUCCUACAGAAAGUCAAUCAAAUUACUGAAAAAAAGAUUGUUUCUGAUGAUUCUGAGAAACAGGCAAAGGUGACAGAGUUAUAUGAGAUAGUUAAAAAGUGGGAGAGCAUGGCCGAUGUAUUACCGCAGGUUGUUGACCGGCUGACCACGUUGAAAGACAUUCACGAGCAAGCCCUACAGUUCAGCCAAGCCCUCGUCUACCUCGACACGGCACAGCAGGAAAUACGCAAAACUCUCACGGAGCAUGGUGAUAUGAUGAAGCAGCUGGAAGAUUCAUUCAAACAAAACACUGACGGCAUCAAGAAAAACUGUCAAAGUCUGGAGGAAAGAAUGAAGGCCUUAAAGAAAUAAUUAGGGAAUUUAGGGGUGUGUGUUUGGGGGGGGGCCAAAUAAAGGGCCAGCAACUGGAAUGGUCAUUCCAUCUUCAACUACUCCUCCCUCUUCUAUAGCUUCAUUAUGAUUAUAAUUAUUAUUAUUAUGAUUAUAAUUAUUAUUAUUAUUAUUAUUAUUAAUAAGGUGGUGAGCUGGCAGAAUCGUUAGCAUGCUGGGGGAAAAAAUGCUUAGCAGCAUUUCAUCUGUCUUUACGUUCUGAGUUCAAUUUCCACCGAGGUCGACUUUGCCUUUCAUCCUUUCAGGGGGGUUGAUAAAAUAAGUACCAGUUGAACACUGGGGUCGAUGCAAUUGACUUGUCCCCGCCUCCCCUGACUUUGCUGGUCUUGUGUCAAAAUUUGAAACAAUCAUUAUUAUUAUUAUUAUUAGAAUUAUUUAAACAUUGGGUUGCUUUAUUUCUGGGUUUUUUUCACAUUCUGAGUUGAAAUCUUGUCAAGAUAAACUUUCUCUUCAUCUCUCUUGGCACUGGAAAAUACAAAGUACCAGUUAAAUACUUGGGUCUCAAUGGUAUUACCUAAUUUCCUCCUCUCAAAAUUUCUGUCUUUGUGCCUCAAUUAUUAUUGUGGGAUGGAUUGGCAGAACAGUGUGGAGCAUCGGAUAAAAAUGCCUUGUGGUAUUUAUUCCAGCUUUUACGUUGCCCUUCUUCCUUUCACGGUCGCUAAGACAGAGUACCAGUGACAUACCGGGGAUCAGUAUAUCCCACUGUUGCCUCCCCUAUUCCUUCCUCCUCCCCCUCCCACCAUUUCUGGCCUUGCGGCUCUAAGAAAUUCUUGUUAUAGAGUUCAAAUCUCAUCAAGGCCAUCUUUGCCUUUCACCCUCCUGGGAUCAAUGAAAUAAAGUGUUAGUCAUAUGCUAGGGGUCAGUGUAACACACAACAUGUGUGUGUGUCUAUAUAUAUAUAUAUAUAUAUAUAUAUAUAUAUAUAUGUAUAUCAGAUGAGGAGUAUUGUACAUAAACGCAUAUGUCUGUAUGUAAAUGUAUAUUAUUUCUAAGGCCACGAGCUGACAGAAUCGUUAGUUUGUUGGGAAAAUGUUUAGCAGUAUUUAAUUUUGGCUUUGUUUUCAGUUCAAAUUUUGCCGAGGUCAACUUGGCUUUUCCUCGCUUCAGGGCCAGUGACAGAAAGUACCAUUUGAGCACUGGGGGCCAAUGUAAUUGACUAGCCUUCUCCCCAAGAGUUCAGGCCUUGUACCUAUAGUAUAAAGCAGGGGUUUUCAAACUUUUUGACUUGCGGACCUCUUUAUAUUUCAGGCUUUACCUUAGGGACCCCCUGAUAAACGCUUAUGAAAUUUAUACAUAAAUAUUUGCUUAAAAUAACAUAUAUUUUUACAUUUAUUUAUUUAACAGUAUUUAACAAAUAGGUUUAUUGUCAAUUAAAAGAUUUCGAUUAAAAGAAACUCAUAUAAAAUCAAAU